GUUACACGGUCACUAGCCCGCGGGCCGGGCGCGGGCAGCGCAGCGCAGCAUGGCCGGGCGCGGGGCGCAGGCUCAUGCUGCUAGCGCGGGGCGGCGGCGAUCAUGGGCGGGGGCCUCGCUCGGGGGCCCCCCCUGGCCGUGCUGGCGGCCCUGCUGUGGGCGCCCCUCGCCGCGGGGGCGGCGGCCCUGGGGGCGGCGGAGAAGAGCCGGCUCAGGGACCAGGUCGUGGAGAUGUUUGACCACGCGUACGGCAGCUACAUGAAACACGCAUAUCCUGCAGAUGAGCUAAUGCCUUUGAGUUGUCGGGGCCGCGUGCGCGGGAUGGAGCCGAGUCGUGGGGAUGUUGACGACGCCCUUGGCAAGUUUUCCCUCACUCUAAUUGACACUUUGGAUACGCUUGUGGUCCUUAACAAGCUGGAUGAGUUUGAGGACGCUGUGCGGAAGGUGGUCCUGGACGUGCGGCUGGACAACGACGUGGUGGUCUCUGUCUUUGAAACCAACAUUCGUGUGCUGGGGGGCCUGCUGGGGGGUCACGUCAUGGCCGACAUGUUGAAGGCACAAGGCGUGCGGCUGCAGUGGUACAAGGACGAGCUCCUGCACCUGGCCCGGGAUUUAGGGUACCGUCUCUUGCCCGCUUUCAACACCACCAGCGGGCUGCCGUACCCCAGGGUGAACCUGAGGUAUGGGGUCCUGAGUCCGAACUCCCGGACGGGCACCGAGCUGGACACCUGCACGGCCUGCGCUGGCACCAUGAUUUUGGAGUUUGCUGCCCUCAGUCGCCUGACGCAAGAGACUGUUUUCGAAGACACCGCUCGGAGAGCGCUGGAUGUUCUCUGGGAGAAGCGCCAGAAAGGGAACGACCUGGUGGGGACGGUCAUCAACAUUCACAAUGGGGACUGGGUGCGGAGGGACAGCGGGGUCGGAGCCGGGAUAGACUCGUACUAUGAGUACCUGAUGAAGGCGUAUAUCCUCCUGGGGGAUGACACCUACCUGGAGAGGUUCAACGCUCAUUACGUGGCCAUAAUGAAAUACAUCAGCCAGCCUCCCCUCCUGCUCAACGUCCAUAUGCACAACCCCACGGUCAGCAUCCGGAGCUGGAUGGACUCCCUCUUGGCCUUCUUCCCCGGCCUCCAGGUGCUGAGGGGGGAUUUGAAGCCUGCCAUCGAGACGCACGAGAUGCUGUACCAGGUCACCAAGCAACACAAAUUCCUCCCGGAGGCGUUCACGUCCGACUUUGCCGUAUACUGGGCCCAGCAUCCUCUGCGGCCGGAGUUUGCCGAGAGUACCUACUUCCUGUACAAGGCUACUCGAGACCCCUACUACCUCCAGGUGGGCAAGUCCAUUGUAGAGAGCCUGAACGAGUAUGCCCGGGUGGCCUGCGGCUUUGCGGCGGUGCAGGAUGUACGGACGGGCCGACACGAGGACAGGAUGGACUCCUUUUUCCUGGCCGAGAUGUUUAAGUACCUCUACUUGCUUUUCACUGAGAAGCGAGAUCUGCCUCUAGACAUUGACGAUUACAUCUUCACCACCGAGGCCCACCUGCUGCCCCUGUCCCUCUCCACGGCCCGGCCCCCCUGCCCCAGGAACGUGACUAUGUUUCGCAGGGGCCAUGGAGAGGAGGAGAUUUUUACCCGUUCUUGCCCCAGCGCACAGACUCUCUUCCCCAAUAACCCAACCUUCACCCGCACCAUCCGGGAUGCCCACAAGCAGCUGCUGCAACCAGGAGCAGAGCGCCGGGCGCUCUUCAGGCAGGUCCUGGUCUCCCUCAGGGGGAUUGAGUUCCCUCUCCAUGACACCAGGUUGGAGACCUUGGAGAUCUUGAAGAGCAUGGGAAUGACUCUGCUCCCCCUGGGCGACAGGAGCGUGCAGCUGACCGGCAUCCGACACAAGCAAGAAGCUUCUCCCCUGGGGCUCUUCAGCCUGAAAUUCAUCACCGAGCUGGUCGACCCGCCUGCAGGAGAGCAGCCAGGCAUCUCCCCGCUGGCAGUCCAAGUUAUCUCUCCCCCUUUUUUUGGGCGAGUGGUACUCACCGCGGGACCAGCCCAGUUUGGAAUGGACCUGACCAAACAGGAGCACGGGGUGAAAGGAAGCUUAGUGCUGAGUGAACCUUACCAGGCCUGUGCAGCGAUCAGCAACCGGAAGGAGGUGCAAGGGAAAAUGGCGCUGGCCCAGAGAGGCGAAUGCAUGUUUGCCGCCAAAGCCAGGAACUUGCAGGAAGCAGGAGCCUCGGGGGUGAUUUUCAUCGACAAUGCUGAAGGCAGCUGCAGCGAGGAGAUGGUUCUGUUCCAGAUGGUGGGCGACGGAAGCACUGGUGACAUAGUCAUCCCCCUUGUCUUCCUCUUCCAGAAGGAGGGGCAAGUCCUUUUAGAUGCACUGUCCCAGCAUCGCAAUGUGGAUGUGCUGCUGGCCACUAAACCCAUGUUCCUAGGUGAAGAAAAAACAGACCAGCUGUUGUCUGCAAGUCAGUUGCACGAGGCAGCCACAGAGACCCGCACCAGGAUGGUGACAAGUGCUCCAGACCAAGCAUGAGUGGAGGCUGCUUCUCCUGCUCUCCAGGAGGCUAGUGGCCAGCUAGAAGGCAGCUGUCCUGACCCCCCUGUGGAAGCUGCUCCAAGAGCGUGGAAAAAGCGGAAGUGUUGCACUCCUACCGUUUACUGCAGCGCUCGAGUCACAAUUUGCAGGGUGGAAACCCAGUUGCCAAAAACCUCAGGAACUUUCAUGUUUGUAAUUUGGAGGAAGGGAAAAGUGGCAUUUAGCUGCCAGCCAGAGUGCAAGUGAAUCAUGACCGUAGCAUCUCCAUUUUUUUUUUUUAAAUAACACUUGUGCCAACUGUCUCGGUGAUGCUAAGGGCCGAUGUGUGUGUUUGAAAUAGAAAGAUGUUGCUCA